CCCAGCACAGAGCCCAGCAAACCCAGCAGAGAGCCCAGCAGAGAUGUCUGAGGGCAAACAGGGGGGGAAGGUCAAGAGGAAGGAUCGCAACAGAGAGAAGGAGGAGGGGAAGAAGAAGAGAACAGGUGAAGGGAAGAAGAAGAGAGCAGGUAAGGCUCCUGAAAUCAAAAAGAUGUCAGUACAUCAAGUGAAGAAUGAAGGCAUGAAGUUUGUAUUGAAAUGUGAAACCAUUUCCGGAUCCCCAAAUCCCACCUUCAAGUGGUUUAAGGAUGGUGACGAGCUGAUCAAUGGAGAAUCUGACAACAUCAAGAUUAAGAAAAAGAGAAAGAAGGCAUCCGAGCUUCGGAUAGGGAAAGUCAAGCCAUCAGACUCUGGACAGUAUAAGUGUACAGCUACCAAUAGAAUGGGGCAGGACAGCUCGGAAAGCAACCUCACUGUCACACCAGCAGUUACCAAAUCUCCUCCCAUGCCUGGGUCGUCUCCCCCCACGCCUGGGUCAGGCCAUGGCAGGCCUUGCAACGACAGUGAGAAGCUCUACUGUGUGAACGGAGGACAAUGUUUCAUUAUCGACCGUAUUAAUAAAAUCUCCUGCAAGUGCCCAAAUGAAUUUACUGGUGAUCGCUGCCAAAACUACGUAAUGGCCAGUUUCUACAAGCAUCUUGGAAUUGAAUUUAUGGAGGCUGAGGAGCUGUACCAGAAACGGGUACUGACAAUAACUGGCAUCUGCAUCGCCCUGCUGGUGGUUGGCAUCAUGUGUGUGGUGGCCUAUUGCAAAACCAAGAAACAGAGGAAAAAGCUGCACGACCGUCUCAGACAGAGCCUCCGCUCCGAACGAAGCAACAUGGUGAACCUUGUGAACGGACCCCAUCACGCCAACCAUCCUGCAGAUAACGUCCAGCUUUCCAACCAGUACAUAUUAAAACACCCAGGAUCCGCUGAGCACGUUAUUGAACGGGAAACGGAAACUUCAUUCUCCACGAGUCAUUACACAUCAACAAGCCAGCACUCCACGACAGUUACUCAGACACCGAGCCACAGUUGGAGUACAGGACAAACAGAAAGCCUCGCCUCAGAUGGACGUUCUGUGCUUGUGACAUCGUCAAUAGAAACCAGCACACAGAUCAGCCCGAACAAUCACCGGGGUCGCCUCAAUGGUGUAGCAAGUCGCAGAGAGAUGCACAUCUGUAUGAAGAACUGGAGAGAAACGCCAGAUUCUCUCCGAGAUUCCCCUCACAGUGAAAGGUUUGUCUCUGCUAUGACCACUCCAGCCAGAAUGUCUCCUGUGGACUUCAGAUCACCCAUGUCCCCAACGUCCCCCGAUUCGAUCACCUCUCCUCCCGUUUCCAGCCUGACCAUCUCCAUUCCUUCCGUGGCCAUCAGCCCUUUCACGGAGGAGGAGCGGCCCCUGCUCCUGGUCACACCACCCAAGCUGCGGGUGGAGGGAAAGAGGCACCAGCCUUACAGGCAACACCGUAGCAACACCCAGGACAGCAGCAGCCUCCCACCCAGCCCACUCCGGGUGGCCGAGGACGAUGAGUACGAGACAACACAGGAGUACGAGCCGGUGCCGGAGCCGCCAAAGAAAGUGGCAGCCAGCAGGAGGGGGAAAAGAACAAAGCCCAGUAAUGGGCACGUUUCCCACAUGGCGGAGAGCGAGAGCAAUAGCAGCUCGGAGAGCAGUAGCUCUGAAAGCGAAAUGGAAGAUGAACGAAUAGGGGAGGACACACCAUUCCUGAGCAUACAGAAUCCAUUGGCAAUGGGGGUGGAAUCGCCAGCCUGCGCCUACCGGCUGACCGAUAGCAGGACUAACUCUGCCAAUAGGUACUCAGCACAGGAAGAGUUGCAAGUCAGGCUGUCCAGUGUAAUUGCUAACCAGGACCCGAUUGCUGUUUAAAACCAACUCUUAGAUGCACCUGUAAAACUUUAUUUUAUAUAAUGAAGUACUCCAGAUACUUUACUUUAAAUUAAACAAUUUUAUUUUAUUUUAGCGACAAGAGUCUUGCAGCAGGUAGAAGUCUUUUAUAGAUUAAAGUAUAUGUAUGUAUAAAUAGCGUCCGGAAUACUAAUGUGCCAUAUGUAGCGUUUUUACAGUAUUUCAACACAGAAAGAUAUCAAUGGUGCCUUUGUGUUACUUUAUGCUGAGAAAGGAGUCAAUACAACAGUUACACAGUAUUGCCACCUAUACCUUGUUAUAAGAUAAGGUCUUUGCCUGCAGAAUGCUUGUGAUCUCAGUCUCUCUUUAUUUGGGGAAGGGGAGUUCCUGGGGGUGGGGGGAUUGGGGGACAUAGAAUAGGGUAGACUAGAGCAGGUUUACCUGUAAGCUGCCUAAAGAGCUAGGACACUGUUGUGUGCAAUUGGCUGCCACG